AUGAACGUCGAUGGCAAGGUCUUUGCGGUCACGGGCGCAGGCUCGGGGAUGGGAGCCGCCAUUGUUCGCCUCCUGGCUCGACGGGGCGCGCGCGCCGUGGCCGCCAGCGACAUCUCGGCGAAGGGUCUGGAGGCCAUCAAGGAUUCUAUCGCCCAACUCAAUCUAAAGACUGAGAUUCGGACGACCGUCCUGGACGUCACGUCGUCAUCAGCCGUCGAGGGUUGGAUCCAGGAUACUGUUACAGCCUUCGGAGAUCUGCAUGGCGCUGUGAACUCAGCAGGCUUGCCGCAAACAAUCGGUGUCAGACAAUCCCCGGCCAUUCUGGAAGAAACAGACGAGUCAUGGAAGCAAGUCUGGGGAGUCAAUCUCGACGGGGUCUUCUAUUGUACGCGGGCCCAGAUUCGGGCCAUGAAGGCGUUGGGAACACCCAAUAGCGAUCGCGCGAUCGUGAAUAUUGCCAGUAUGGCUUCGCUGAAACACGACCCGGACGUCUACGCGUACCGGUCCUCCAAAGCUGCCAAUGCGCAUUUCACGCAGAGUGUGGCCAAGGACGUCUCCAAGUUUGGGAUACGGGUCAAUGCCGUGUCUCCGGGAUCAACUGCAACUCCCAUGUUGAGAGAAUUCACUGGAGGGAAAGACGCACAAUUAGAAGAUUGGAAAAGCCGAGGGUGGGAGAUCAUCGAGCCGGACGAUGUCGCCCGCGUGGUUGUUUGGCUCCUUAGUGAGGACUCGAGAUCCGUGUUUGGAGCCAACAUCAACAUUGGGGCAGCGCCACCAUAG